AUGCUGACCAAGUUCGAGAGCAAGUCGAGCCGCGUGAAGGGCCUCGCCUUUCACCCGAAGCGGCCCUGGAUCCUCACCUCGCUCCACUCGGGGGUGAUUCAGCUGUGGGACUACCGCGUCGGCACGCUGAUCGACAAGUUCGACGAGCACGACGGCCCGGUGCGCAGCGUGGACUUUCACGCGCAGCAGCCGCUCUUUGUCAGCGGCGGAGACGACUACAAGAUCAAGGUCUGGAACUACAAGACCCGCCGGUGCAUCUUCACCCUGCUCGGCCAUCUCGACUACGUCCGUGUGGUGAAGUUCCACCACGAGUACCCGUGGAUUCUCAGCUGCUCCGACGACCAGACGAUUCGCAUCUGGAACUGGCAGUCGCGCACCAGCAUCAGCAUCCUCACCGGACACAACCACUACGUGAUGUGCGCCCAGUUUCACCCCACCGAGGACCUGGUCGUUUCCGCCUCGCUCGACCAGACGGUGCGCGUCUGGGACAUCAGCGGCCUGCGCAAGAAGAACGUCGCCCCGGGGCCGGGCGGCAUCACCGACGACCACCUGAAGAACCCGCACUCCUCGGACCUCUUCGGCAGCUCGGACGUCUACGUGAAGCACGUCCUGGAGGGCCACGACCGGGGCGUGAACUGGGCCGCUUUUCACCCCACCAUGCCGCUGGUGGUCUCUGGCGCCGACGACCGCCUCAUCAAGCUCUGGCGGAUGAACGAGUCGAAGGCCUGGGAGGUGGACAGCUGCCGGGGGCACUACAACAACGUCAGCAGCGUCCUCUUCCACCCCAAGCAGGACCUGAUCAUCUCCAACUCGGAGGACAAGAGCCUGCGCGUCUGGGACCUGACGAAGCGGACGCCGCUGAACACCUUUCGCCGGGAGCACGAGCGCUUUUGGAUUCUGGGGGCCCACCCGACGCAGAACCUCUUUGCGGCGGGCCACGACGGCGGCGUGGUCGUCUUCAAGCUGGAGCGGGAGCGCCCAGCCUUUACCGUCCACGCCAACGGCGUCUACUACGUGAAGGAGCACUACCUCCGGCGGCUGGACCUGGCCACCUCGAAGGACGCCCCGGUGGUGCAGCUGCGCAAUCGGGGGCGCAUUCCGCCGCACUCGAUCGCCUACAAUCCGGCGGCGAAUGCGAUGCUAGUGACCAGUCGGGCACCGAACUCGGAGAACUCCAUCUACGAGCUGUACCAGCUGCCGAAGGGAGGUGGUGGUGGUGGGGCUGAUGAGGCUGCGGCCGCCAGCACCGGCCCCGCCGACUCGAAGCGCGGCGCCGGCCUGACCGCUCUGUGGAUCGCCCGCGACCGCUUCGCCGUCCUCGACCGCGCCCACAAUGUGCACAUCAAGUCUCUGAAGAAUGAGGUGCUGAAGACGCUGACGCUGAGCGGGCCGGGCGCUGCUGGGCGAACCUCUGCCUCAUCGACCUCCUCCGUGGUCGACGAGAUCUUCUACGCGGGCACCGGGAUGCUGCUGCUGCGCGACGCUGACGGCCUCGCCCUCUACGACGUGCAGCAGGGCCGCGAGCUCGCCUCGGUGGCCGUGCCCAAGGUGAAGGCGGCGGUGUGGAACGCCGACCUCACCUCGGUCUGCCUGCUCAGUAAGCACCAGCUGACGGUGUGCAACCGCCGCCUGGAGGUGACCGCCACCAUCACCGAGACGGCGAAGAUCAAGUCGGGCGCCUGGGACGAGGCGGGCGGCGUCUUCAUCUACACCACCUCGAAUCACAUCAAGUACGCGCUGACCAACGGCGACUACGGGAUCAUUCGCACGCUGGACCUUCCGAUCUACAUUGUCCGGGUGAAGGAGGGCGCCGGCGUCUUCUGCCUGGACCGCGAGGUGAAGCCGAAGCUACUGGCCAUCGACAGCACCGAGUACCGCUUCAAGUUGGCGCUGGUGAAUCGGAAGUACGACGAGGUGCUGCGCAUGGUGCGCACCGCUCAGCUUCCGGUCGGCCAGUCGCUCAUUGCCUACCUGCAGAAGAAGGGCUACCCCGAGGUGGCGCUGCACUUUGUGAAGGACGAGAAGACCCGUUUUGCCCUGGCCCUCGAGUGCGGCAACAUCGAGGUGGGCCUGGAGGCGGCCCGCGCACUGGAUGACAAGGCCUGCUGGGAGCGGCUGGCGGAGGCGGCGCUGCUGCAGGGCAACCAUCAGGUGGUGGAGAUGGCCUACCAGCGGACCAAGAACUACGACAAGCUGAGCUUCCUCUACCUGGUGACGGGCAACCUGGAGAAGCUGCGGAAGAUGAUGCGCAUCGCGGAGAUUCGCAAGGACACCAGCGCCCAGUUUCAGGCCGCCCUCUACCUGGGCGACGUCGAGGAGCGCGUGCGCAUUCUGAAGGCCAACGCCCAGCCCUCGCUCGCCUACCUCUGCGCGCGGACGCACGGCCUGGAGGCGGAGGCGGAGGAGCUGAAGAAGGGGGCGGAGCUUGGGGGAGAAGCUUCGGAGAAGCUCCGCCUACCUGAGCCGGACCCGAAUGCGGUGCUGCUGCUGCCGCCGAAGCCGGUGCUCGGUGGAGGCUCCGGAGCUGGUGAUGAGAACUGGCCACUGCUCACCGUCAGCCGGGGCUUCUUUGAGGGGGCGAUGGCGGCGACGAUGGCCGCCGCCGCCGGAAAGUCGGUCAUUGGCGGAGGUGGUGGCAAAUCGGCUGCUGCUGGAGAAGGUGUUGCUUCCAGUCUGAUGAUGGCCGUCGCCGAUGAUGACGAUGAAGAAGGAGCUGGUGGAGCAGGCGGCUGCGGUGCUGCCUGGGGCGACGACGGCGAGCUGAACCUGGGCGCCGAUGGAGAGCUGCUCGCCGGGGGAGGAGAAGACGACGACGAUGAUCUGCUGAUGCAGGACGCCAUCGGUGAUGAUGAUGAUGAAGGCGGAGAAGGUGGUGGUGCCGGCUGGGACACCGAGGACCUGGACAUUCAAGACCUGCCGGCGGCGCCUGCUGGUGCCGGUGGUGGUGGUGGAGCUGGUGGCGCCGAGGCGUACUUUGUGGCGCCCAGCCGCGGUACGCCGCACGGCCACUACUGGACACGAAACUCGAAGCUGGUGGUGGACCACGUGCUGGCGGGCUCCUUUGAGAGCGCCUGCCGACUGCUCAAUGAACAGGUGGGCGUCAUCAACUUUGCCCCCCUGAAGCCGCUCUUCCUGGCCACCUAUGGGCGUUCCCGGGCCGCCUACCAGUCUCUCUCCACCCUCCCACCGCUCUUUACCCACCCCCAGCGGAACCCCGCCGAGGAGUUCACCCGCGGCCUGCCCGCCCUCUCCCUUACCCUGCCGGAGCUGAUUGGCGCCCGCCUGCAGGCCGCCUACCAGCUGACCACGGUGGGCCGCUUUGCCGACGCCGUGGAGCGCUUUCGGGCGCUGCUGCACGCCACGCUGCUGCUCAGUGUGGAGGGCAAGCAGGAGCUGAUGGAGGCGAGGCAGCUGCAGGAGGUGGCCCGCGAGUACAUUCUCGGCCUGGUGAUGGAGAUUGACCGGAAGGCGCUGCCCAAGGAGGAGGCGGCGAGUGGAACUUCAGCAUCAUCAUCGAGUGCGAAACGGAGCGCCGAGCUGGCCGCCUACUUCACCCACAUGCGCCUGCAGCCGGUGCACCUGAUGCUGACGCUGAGGACGGCGAUGAACCUGCUCUUCAAGCUGAAGAACUACCGCACCGCCGCCUCCAUGGCCCGCCGCCUGCUGGAGCUGGGGCCGAAACCGGACGUGGCCACCAAGACGCGCCAGGUGCUGCACGCCUGCGAGAAGGCGGUCAAGGCGGCGGAGGAGAGCGGAGGAGGUGCCGGUGGACCUUCUGCUGCUGGAGACCACGACCCAAUUGACUACUCGGAGCACAACCCCUUCACGGUCUGUGCGGCCAGCUACCGGCCGAUCUACCGCGGCAAGCCCGAGCUGAAGUGCCCCCUCUGCGGCGCCAGCUACCUGCCCGAGCACGGCGGCUCCGUCUGUCGGGUGUGCCUGUUGGCCGAGGUGGGCAAGGAGGAGGUGGUCGGCCUGCGCAUCAGUGCAUCGCAGUUUCGCUGA